AUGGCGGACCGGCGACGACGAAGACGGCGCGCGUCCCAGGACAGUGAGGAGGAGGAAGAAUCUGGAUCAGGAUCUGAGAGCGGGAGAUCAUUUUCUCCUGGAGGAAAGAGCCGGGCAAGAAUUCCCGAGCCUGUCGAAUCGCCAGCUGUUCGUGUUGGUUCUAAAAGCGAUGACGAAUCUGAAUGUGAAAGUGAGGAUGCUGUAGGCGAAGCUGUCCUAUCGGACUACGACAGCGCGGAUCUGGAGGAGAACGGCUCUCAUUCUGAGGGAGGAGAGGAUGAGGAGGAGGAGGGGGAGCACUUCAGUGACGAAGAGGCUGCGUGCCCUGCCACAGAGCAGAAAGAUGCGGCGGACGCUCCUGCCGAAGAGCAUGCAGAGGAUGAUGGCGAUGAAGGAGAGGAGGAAGAAGAGGGCGUGCUGAAGGAGGUGAAGGCAGAGAAGAAGGGUAACAUAGCGGGGGAGAGGCAGAGCGGAGACGGCCAGGAGAGUACCGAUGAUCCUGAGAAUAAGUCGUCGGGGAAAGCUGGUCAGAAGUUGGAUGAUGACGAGGACCGGAAGAAUCCGGCCUACAUUCCACGAAAGGGCCUGUUCUUUGAGCAUGACGUAAGAGGCCAGACUCAGGACGAGGAGAGGCCCAAAGGCAGACACAGGAAGCUGUGGAAAGACGAGGGGCGCUGGGAGCAUGACAAGUUCAGGGAGGAGGAGCAGGCACCAAAGUCGCGUGAGGAGCUUAUCGCCAUCUAUGGAUACGACAUUCGCAAUGGCACAGGCCCCGGCGAAGGCAGGCCGUACAGGUCUCGAAGACCAAGACAUAUUGGGUCACCAAACCAAGAGCCCAAGCGUUACAGAGAUGGAGAGAAACCCCCACGUGCAUCCUGGCAGGGUCCGACCCGCAGCGUCCCACCAGCCACAGCAAGCACGGCAGCAACCCUGCAGGCGGGUGCUCCCUCCGGCCCUCGCCCUCAGGGCAGGCCCUCAUCCCAGACAUCUUUGCGCAGUUUCCAGGCUGGCCGAGGCCCCCCACUUGCCCCACAUCGCAACGAGGGCCGCGGCCACACCCGGGCCACUGCGGACGGCCCUCCGCCUCGUGGCGUGCGACCGCAGCCUCCGGAGGGUGAACGAGCACCCCGGCUGAGAGGGCGUGGCCCCCAAGGUCCCCGCAUUGAGCGCCCUGGCCCCACUUUGCCAGUCGAGGCUGCACGCAGUGAGGAUGAAGACGAGGGCGAGGUCCCCAUCGUCACUACCACCUAUACUGCUCACCAGCAUAGGGUGGAGCGGGAGGCCACGCCGUCGCCACGACGACAGGAUCCUGGACCAAUGGCUGACCCGACGAGUGGGGCUGGGCCCACGAGGGAGUCAUCGCCACCCCCUGAGAAGCCUGUGGAGAAGAAAUCCUACUCGUUGGCACGUAGGACCCGGGCGAGGCCCUCGGACCUCAGCAAACAGGCAUCUCUGGAGGACUCUGCACCUCCCCUGCAGCCCACCCCGACGCCUGUCAAAAACGAAUCUUGGCAAGGGGAUGCAGGCACGCAGAGCAGCCUGUCAGGACUAGAUCAGGAUCUGGCCCGUCUGAGCCUGGCUGGGCAGAACUGGGCCCAAAGCCCGCCUUCUUACCUGCGGCCUGAGAUGAGGGGCAUCCCUAGCUCUAUGCAUAUGGGAGGUGGUCCUCCUCAGUAUGCCAACAUGGAGGACAUGGGUGUGGGUGGAGGGCGGGCUAAGCGUUACUCCUCCCAGCGCCAGAGACCAGUGCCUGAACCAGCGCCAAUGCACAUAGGGGUGAUGGAGGGCCACUACUAUGACCCCAUGUCGUUCCAGGGACCAAUCUACACGCACGGUGAUGGGCCUGCCACAAUGCCCCCACAGGGGCUGCUGGUCCAGCCAGAGAUGCACCUGCCACACCCUGCACACCCGGGUUUGCAUCCACACCAAUCAGGAGGGCCCAUGCCUAACCCUGCACUCUAUGCUGCUCCACCUGUUUCUAUGUCGCCUGGGCAACCACCACAGCAACUGUUGCCUCCACCUUUCUACCCCCCACCUGGGGUCAUGACCUUUAGCAACACCAACUACCCCUAUCCUGCUGGAGCUACCCUACCACCCAUGUACCCCAACCCACAGGCACAGUCGCAGGUAUACGGUGGCGUGACGUAUUUUGACACAGUGCAGCAACAGGCCCAGCCCAAACCCUCCCCCCCACGACGCACCUCACAGCCAGUCACAGUCAAGCCCCCCCCGCCAGAGGACCAGAGCAGGAAGUCCAGUGAGGAGGUGCGCUCCUAGCUCCUAUUGAGAGGAGAGGAGGCCUUACCGCUGUCUGCCUGGACCAGUACCACUUGUGGAUGCGAAGAAUUCAGUUUUUGUUUUUUUAUCUUUAGCCUCGUAUUUGUUUGUUCUUUCCUCAAUGUUUCAUUUUACUCAUUCGGUCAGCCUUGUUCACAUUCAGCCUCCUGCGAGGUCUAGUUCACGAUAUGCUUUUUGCUUGCAUCGGUUCUUGGCUGCUGCAGGUUUACUCCCCAGCUGGUCACCAGGGGGUGCUGUCAUCUUGCUUCUUUAUGAAGCCACAUCCUGGCCCUUGAUGGGAACAUGCUAUAGAAGUCCUUUUAACCAGCCCAGCUUGAUGUAUCUGAAAGUUUUGUGGCUGGUAACUGUUCUCAGAAAUCUAUUUGAACAUCCUCAUAAAUCAGUUGAACGAUUAGUUUAGGUCGAAAAGUUGGAGAAUGGCUAAUUGUAUGAACUUGUUUUUAAUUAAUUGCAGCAUGUCUGUGCAUUAAAGAAUCCCUGUGGGGGUCUAGGCAUGUGUGCCAGCAGUACAGUACAUUUCGGUCAUGACUGAAGGCUUCAACUGCGCAUGGCCGGGCCUUUGUGUUUGGGGUUUUUUUUUGCUUUUGUUUUGUUUUGUAUUUAAAAAAAUGUUGUUGUUUUUUUUAACUACACUACCCCAUUCAUCAUGCUUGGAGAAGAGCGACAUCAAUCUGGACCUAUAGGACUUUUGAGAAGCCUCUUUAGAAAUGAUUUGGUCAGCUGCAGUAACAUGCUUGUUUAAUGUCUAUGUUAACGAUAAAUUCAUUGAAAUUUAAUAUGGAUGUCUUGCAUGUAGCGCCUUCGAGUUUGCAGUCACAUUAAGCAUUAGAAGGCACUUUUUGGCCUCGCAUUCUAUGCAUAUACUUUGGUUCACUGUUUCUAUUUUUUCUCUCUCUCUCUCUCUCUCUCUCUCUCUCUCUCUCAUAUGCACGCUCUUGCUCUCUGUUAGUAAGAAUGAAUAAGGAAAUACAUCAGCUUGAAUAUGGUUUCCAUACCAGGCAGAGAAGGCAGGAGACCUUGAGCUGAGGAUCUGUAUGAUCUUUUUCAUUAGAUAAAUGGCUUAACGCAUGCAUGCAUGCAUGCAUGCAUGCAUACAUACAUACAUACAUACAUACAUACCACACACACACUCUAUAUAUAAUAUUAUAAUAUAAUAUUUGCAGCAUAGUAAGGGCAUACAGAACCACAGACACAAGGACUUCCCUUUUUGUAGCCAGUACCAAGCGCACCGCGUAGCAAUCUGCGAUACUGCGCCUUUAAUUGUCGAUCAGAGCUUUGACGCAGCAGCCCCAUUGAGUUGCGUUACAGACUGUUCAAACGAACUGUCUGGGGCUGGUGUGGGGUCUCCAGGGGCUAUUGGAGGUCAUAUCUCAUAUUAUUAGUUGACACCGGUAUCUUCGAACCAUCUUGUGUUUGUGGGGGUUUCAAUAGAGCUCCACCCAUAUACAUCCUAUAGAUCUAUCCUUAUGGUGCUAGACCCGUGUGGAGAGGAGGGUGAAUUCCUCAUUCUUCCCACCCCAUCCACGAUGCACCUCUGAGACUAGUAUUUUUGACGUACUGUGUUGAACUCAAUACUGUAAAACCAGAAAGAACCGUUAACUUUGCCUGAUACUGACGUACUUGACAGUGCUAAAGCUUGGUGAUAGCUUCCUAAUAUAAGUGUAUAUAGGAAAAAAAAAAAAUCUAUUGAAGCCUGUGGUUUAAAGGUAAUACUUUCAACUUGGCCACCAGUGGAAUACUGUCACCAUGAGCAAUGCCGGCAGGGACACCUCGCCUCCUUUUUUUUUUUUUUCCCCCUUUUAUCUAACAGCUUAACUGAAUUCAUUCACUUGCAAUCAUUGAUAUUUUGUCAGUAUUUUUUCCUUUUAUAUGUUAUAUAUGCUUAUUGCAAGAGGUUGGGUUUUUCUCUCUCUUUUAGAAGCUCUGUACAGGCAUGCAUGAGAACAUGGAUACAUGUCUUUGUGAAAGCAGUUCUAGACGGAUGCCCAUGUUUGCGAGACAGUUGUGCAUGUCUUGCAGGGGACGGUCCUGCAGGCAGCCUUUCAAACGGCCAGCUCACUUGUUCCCAAGGAUGUGCCCGUAUAUCUGCUAUCCUCUCUUUGUUUUCAGUGUUGAGAUGUGGCUUAUGAGAAAUGGUGAUUUGAUGACAUUACUUUAAAUGCCUUAAACUGAAUUGGUUUAACAUAUCUGUUCUGAAUGACUAGACCUGCCAACACUGUGAGGAGGCUUGUAUGUUUCACAGGUGUUUGAAUAUAUUAAAGUGUUUUGAUUUUUUGUUUGUUUUGUUUUUGUGAAAAAUUUUGUCAAGAGAACUAUUAAAAUAAGACCCACGUGGAAGGCCGUGUCAUCGUCUCUUGGGGAGGGCUGGCUCUUACGUGAUCAUAGCGAAGCAAACCUGGCCCCGUUUCUGGUAGCGGAAGUGUGAGACAGCUCGGUUUUGUCGCAACACAGAGUACUUCAACUUGCAGCCAAAAUUGCGCAGAUGGCAAAAUUCCACACCCCCUUAUCCGCAAGCAGAUAGUUUGUGUGAUUUUAUAUUCAGUCCCUCUUCAAAGCUCCAAAAACCAAGCCUUUAUCGUCUGGACCUGAGCUGUUGCCUCAGGACUGUGAACCCCAAGUGAUCAGCUGGCAGCUCACUCUGUCUCUGGCAUCAUGUCACCCCAUGUCCCUUGUCAUGUGCCAGACAAGCGGGAGAGCCUGCCCUUGUCACGCUGGCCAUGUGGGGGAACUGGCCUGAUGUGAGACCCGCUGGCUUCUAGCUAAUGUACUGUUACUGUGGAGCGCUCCCGAGCCAAGGGACGCACACAGGACCUUGCAGCAGUAACGAUAUUGCUAACCUGUCAUUGCAUCUUUUUGGUAUUUAGCCAAAUGUAGCUAAUGAAUAAUUUAGCUAUCUAAUUAUAUAUGUAAUAUGCAAUAAAAUGUAUAAAAAAAUGUGCACACACAUUAA